AUGUCAAAUUUUGUAUGGAAACUUGAACAGCAGCGGCACAAAGUACGUAACGAGAACUAAAAAUCAAGGAGAAAAAGCACAAAGCUAUAAAGAAGCCGAAGAUCAAACCCAGAAAAGAGAAAGUGUUGAUUGUGGCACAAGAAAUAAAAUUCGCUAGGCUCCUGUCUGGCAACGAGAAAAAAACACGGGAUCGCGUGUUGAAAACAUUCAAAAAGUGGCUUUUGAAUUGUUUUGAUAAGGGCUACGAGUUCAAAGAAGAUGAUUUCACUAGAGUAUGGAAGGGUCUCUUUUAUGCAGUUUGGAUGUCGGAUAAACCUCUUGUGCAGGAAGAGUUAUGUGAGACAAUUGCAGGAAUACUGGACCUAUUCCCGAACGAACAGAUAAAGUGCGCUCUUAUGAUGACAAAGGCCGGGUUUAAGGUGCUCGCUACGGAGUGGUAUGGUAUUGACCAGCAUAGAAUGGACAAAUUUCUUAUGUUGGUCCGUCGCUACCUCCGAGGCAGUCUGCGGUGCUUGCAGCGUGCUGAGUGGAGCUUGAAGAGUUGCCAGAUGUAUGCGGACAUGCUGUCUAGUGCUGAUGGUCUGCUGGCCGUGAAGACUCCGUUAUACGCUCGUAACGCCGGCUCGAUGUUGCUGCAUUUUGUGGAUUGUUUCCUUGAGGAAUUAUCUAAGGUGUCAUCUGGCAACAUUCCAGGCCUAAGUCUAGUGACAUUACUGCGUCCCUUCUGCCUGUACAUGUGUAAGGGUGAGAGCACACCGGUAUGCGUGAGCGCACGGAGAGUGCUCACAGCUCUAUUGAGGCAAUCUGAACACGGCCUCAUGUACCAGGAGAAGACUAAAGCUUGGGAACGGAUGGGAUGUCCUCAAGGAGGUCCAGACGCCUUAGAACUGGAGUCUGAUGAGGAAGGUGGUGACGAACAACAGCCUGACGAUGACAAUGAAGAAGAUAACGACAAGGCUGUCGCCCUAGACCCCCGCGCGGGCCGCGUAGACGUGGUGCUGACACCCCUGCCAGUCCCCGCCUCGGAAAUAGCCCAAAUGUUGAGGGAACUACUAUCCACUGCCAGCUCGAAGGCGCAUAAAAGGACCAAGAUAUGUUUGCAGAGGUUCGAACAGUUAUCCCGGGACGAAUAUCCCCUGGUAGUUCCUGACAUAUUGACCGAUGAGGAUGGAACUCCGAAACCUAGAACUAUCCACGCAGCCACAGAUCUGCAUACCAUGGAGAGAGAUCUGGUGCAAAGUGCCGAUGAAUUGGCACUUAGAGGUUUAAGUCGUAGACAUCGGAAGAGACUUUUGGCCAAAUCUCGAGCCGGUCUCAGCAUCGUUGAAGAUGUAGAAGCGGUGAAAGGCACUUGUGACUCUUCUACUAACGGCAACUGGGACGUGGAAUCGACAGUACCGGCUAAGAAAUCCAAAAACAACUCUUCCAACAAGGAAAACGUAAACAAAGACAAGAAAUCUAAGAAACGAAAACACGCAGACGCGAAAACUGACGCAAACAACAAAAAGCAUAAAUCUGCACAUCAAGAGGAAAAAGAGAAGCAGACAGAAGAAACUAAAGAAGAGACAGCAAAGAAAUCUUACGAGAAAAAGACUAAAUCGCGCAAGAAUAAAAAUAAAAAACAAAUAUUACCUAACAGUGUUCAAGAUGUAAAUUUAAUUUCGAAACUAAACGCGAGUAAAGAAGACACUAAAGCCAAACUCAUUAAUAAACAAAACAAAAAUAAGAAUAUUAAAGCAGAAACAUCGGAGAAGAAAACCGACAAAAACUUAGAAAAAAUUCAGACACCGCAGAAAAACCAGACAAAAAACGACAAAGUACUGGGAAAGAGCAAUAAAAUUAAUAGCGAUGUUAAAAAACAGGACCAGAGACAGCAGAAGUCGCCAGAAAGCAAAAAGCAAGAGAAGAAGACGCCAUCUUUGUUAGUCAACAAAGUGAAGAAUUAUCAAAAGCGAACAAACGACAAAGUGACACAGCAGAAAAAGUUUGAAACUCCCAAGAAAGUUAAGUUUGUGCUUAAGAACAAUUGUAUGCAAGGACCCGUAGAUUAUUAUAAAAGUGUGAGACAAAGUCCAAAUAUCCCAUUUGAUAGCAGCAAACAACCAUCUAAAACUAACCUUAAAGUGUCUACACCAUCACCGAUCAAUCCGUUCUUCAAGAAAAAACUGCGGAUAAAAUGA